AUGGAUGGAGCAAAGCGGAAAAGAAGUGUCUGCGCCAAGCAAGAGCCAGAGGCUCAACAGAACACGAUGAAAGAUCGGAAGAUCAAACAAGUCACUAUCCCUGAGCGAGUGACACUGAAGAAAGAAAUUGGGCUCUUGAGCGCUUGCACAAUCAUAAUUGGUAAUAUCAUUGGAUCUGGAAUCUUCAUCUCUCCUAAGGGGGUUCUGGAACACACAGGUUCAGUGGGCUUGGCUCUGGUGGUAUGGAUGUUAGGAGGGGGUGUGGCUGCCCUGGGGUCCCUCUGUUAUGCUGAACUAGGGGUCACGAUCCCCAAAUCUGGAGGGGACUAUUCAUAUGUCACAGAGAUCUUUGGAGGUCUUGUGGGGUUCCUGCUGUUAUGGAGUGCAGUGCUCAUCAUGUACCCCACCACUCUGGCUGUGAUUGCUCUGACCUUCUCCAACUACGUCCUGCAGCCUGCGUUCCCCAACUGUGUCCCUCCGUACAUGGCCACCCGCAUGCUCUCUGCCACCUGCAUCUUGUUUCUGACCUGGGUAAACUGCUCCAGUGUGCGUCUGGCCACACGAAUACAGGAUAUCUUUACUGUGGGGAAGCUUCUUGCUCUAGGACUCAUCAUUGCUGUGGGACUGGUUCAGAUCUGUAGAGGUAACUAUGAGAGCUUAACACCCCAGGCAGCCUUUGAGUUCCUUAAGACUCCCUCAGUGGGGCAAAUCGCUCUGGCCUUUCUUCAGGCUUCCUUUGCCUUCAGUGGCUGGAACUUCCUCAACUAUGUCACAGAGGAGGUGGUGGAGCCCAGGAGGAAUCUGCCACGUGCAAUCUACAUCUCCAUUCCUCUGGUGACGUUUGUGUACACUCUCACCAACAUCGCCUACUUCUCCUCCAUGUCUCCUGAGGAGCUCCUGGCGUCCAACGCUGUUGCUGUGACGUUUGGUGAGAAACUGCUGGGGAUGUUCUCCACGAUCAUACCCAUCUCUGUUGCUCUCUCCACCUUUGGUGGGAUCAACGGCUACCUCUUUACCUCCUCCAGACUGUGUUUCUCUGGAGCAAGAGAAGGCCACCUGCCCAGUCUGCUGGCUAUGAUUCACUUUAAGAAGUGCACCCCAAUUCCAGCCCUGCUAGUGUGUUGCACUGCCACAAUUGUCAUCCUGUGUAUUGGUGAGACACAUAACCUGAUAAACUACGUGUCCUUCAUUAACUACCUCUCCUAUGGUGUGACCAUUGCUGGCCUGCUCUAUCACAGAUGGAGAAAGCCCAACCUGUACAGGCCCAUUAAGGUGAGUUUGCUGGUACCUGUGAGUUACCUGCUGUUCUGGGCCUUGCUCCUGGGGUUUAGCCUGCACUCAGAACCCAUAGUGUGUGGGGUGGGACUGGUCAUCAUGUUGACUGGAGUGCCCGUCUAUUUCCUGGGAGUACACUGGAAAGACAAGCCAAAGUGUAUCUACGACUUCAUUGAGUGGGCCACCUACCUGGGCCAGAGGGUGUUUUUUGUGGUGUUCCCCCAGAUUGACCCCAUUGAGGUCUCAUCACCCACAGAAUGGACAGAUAAGUCAUCCACCACAAGCAAGGCCUCGGGAACUGUUUGA